UAUUGUAGUACAGUACAGUACAGUACAAUACAGUACAGUACAGUAAUGAUUUAUAUGUGAUAUAAAAUGUAUUAUUGUUAGAAUCUCGUAUUUCAGAAAAUGCUCACCAGAGCACCAAUGUUAAGGUUGUGUAAAAUUCUGAAAUUUUCAGACUUCUUGUUUUCAAAACCGGUUCUUUCCCGAUUCCUAUCCACGUCUGAAGUACUAAGAAUGGAACUGAAGGAAGUUGUGAAACGAUUGGAACAAUUUGCUCCAACUUCUUUAGCUGGAAGUUGGGACAAUGUUGGGCUACUCUUGGAACCAAUGCAGAAGAAACCGGUUUCAAGGCUAUUGUUGACAAAUGAUCUGACUGAACCGGUUCUUGAGGAAGCUUUGAAGUUGGAAGUAGAUAUGAUAAUAUCCUACCACCCUCCUCUGUUCAAACCUAUGAAACGAUUAACUGCCGAAAACUGGAAGGAGAGAAUUGUAAUACAAUGCUUGGAAAACAAGAUAGCUGUUUACUCCCCACACACAGCCUGGGACGCAGUUCAGGGUGGGAUUAAUGAGUGGCUUCUUCUACCCUUUGGACCAGGAAAAAGUUGCCCGUGUGAGAGUCAGGUUGACCCAUCAACUUCUAGCUUCUCUAUACAAAUACCUAACUCUCAGACUCUGAUAUGUGAGAAGAGAGAGCUUGAACAUGAAUUCUUAAAAAUACGAGAAGAUGUGAGAAGUCAGGUUCAAAUAACCAAGCAUGAACCUCAUCCCCGGCCAGGAGUUGGACCAGGACGAGUUUCUCAUCUAGAAUCUUCUCUGAGAUUAGAUGAAGCAAUCUCCAAGAUAAAGGAGCACCUGAAGCUGACCCAUGUUCGCCUAGCUCUAGCUAACAACCAUACCCUGAGCUCCCAGGUCUCUAGGGUUGGAGUAUGUGCUGGGUCCGGAGCUAGUGUUCUAGGAGGGGUCAGAGCAGAUCUUAUUCUUACCGGAGAAAUGUCACAUCAUGAAGUCUUGGACUUUGUACACAGGGGGGUCUCUGUUAUCCUUACUGAUCACAGUAACACGGAGAGAGGAUUUCUGACCCAUAUUAGGCCGAGAUUAUCAAGCCUAUUCGAGGACAAUAUUCAAAUAUUGAUCUCAACGAUAGAUAGAGAUCCUUUGGAGGUCGUUUAGUUCACCUCCUAUAGAGAUCCUUUGGAGGUCGUUUAGCUUACCUCCAAUAGAGAUCCUUUGGAGGUCGUGAUGCCUCUAAUAGAGAUCAUUUGAAGGUUUUGUAAUAUGCCUCCAACAGUUGAGUUUAUUCAUAAAAUGCAUCAAGCCCUUGUUCCUGUUUUGUGAGUCCCGAAAACAACUUAAAGGGAGAGACCGGCUAUGUAACAUAGUUGAACUGAACGUGCUCCUGUUAUGUUUACCUCACUGUGAUAUAUUUCCAGA